AUGCACUCGCGUCGACCCGAAACCUUGAAGAUCGACGUCUCCAAGUAUAGGGGAGUCGAAGAGGAUUCCCUCCUGAGAUGGUUUGUCGAAUUGGAUGACGCCAUAAGGGCGCGUCGCAUCGACGAUGGGGAUAUGCAAGUUGCAUUUGCCCAGUCAAAUCUGGCAGGACGUGCCAAGACUUGGGCUUUGGAGCUCAAGUUGCACGACCCAUAUGCGUUUGGGUCGUUGGAAGUCUUCAAGUCGCGGCUCAGACAAACGUUUGAACCGCCUAGAGCUGAGUUCAGGGCUCGAACCGAACUCUUGAAGCUCAAACAGGGUAAGCGUGAUGUGCACGCUUACGCCCAACAUAUACGACAUCUCACGAGUUGUAUAAGUUCCAAUCCGGUGGAUGAACACACGUUGGUUUCGUUGUUCAUGCAGGGUCUUGCGGAUGGUCCCGUCAAGACUCACCUGUUCCGACUUGAACUAGAUUCACUAGAACAAGCCAUUUCCAUUGCGGAACAGGAAGACUUCAGUCUGAGACAGGCUCGCGCCAGCUCGACAUCAUAUCGUCAACCGAGACGAUAUGACAACGGAGGUCCAGAGCCGAUGGAACUCUGUUAUGUAGAGAGCGAGAAGGCUCCCUCUACAGACUACAAGAGGUUGCAGAGAUGCAAUAGAUGUCAAAAGACAGGACACUACGCUUACGAGUGUAGUGCCCCUCGUCCAGUGUCUUGCAACACUGGGCGUAGUGACCGUCCACCCAUGAGAAAGGGGCAGGUAAGCGGGUCCGCUGUUGGUGCAAAGACGCAACAACGGGACGGACCGUCAAAAAACGGACAGGAUCAGUAG